AUGGUUGCAGCAAGCCGGACAACAAUUGUAUUAGUUGGUUUGCUGGUUAUAUUUCUUAUAUUAACUAUUGUAUUCGCCGCUUUAUAUGGAGUUCAAAGAAAUAAAAAUUCGACUGCCGUAGACACGACAACAAUCCCCACCACGGGUAUGAAAUAUGACUCUGUUUAUAUCUAUAUGAUCUAUCAAUUACUUCUAGCCCAGACGGAUACAUGUGCAACUUCUUAUUGUAUUAAAGCAGCAAAUUAUUUACUUGAAAGUAUUGAUAAAACUGUUGAUCCAUGUAAUAAUUUCUUUGAAUUUGCUUGUGGAACAUGGUUAAAGAAGAAUCGAAUACCUGAUGAUGCUGAAUCUCAAGAUACUAUUAACAGUCUGCGAAAUCAAUUAGAUAAUGAUAUUGUUGAUAUGUUAACAUCACCGAUUCCCGAUGACUUAAAAAAUCUUCAAUCUAUAAUUAAUGCUCGUCGUUUUUAUGAUACAUGUAUAAAUGAAACAGCUAUAGAAUUAGAGUCUGUCAAUGUAACACUGUCUUUUGUCAAUAAUGAACUUGGUGGAUGGCCGAUUUUACAAGGUUUAUCAUGGAAUGAAGCAUCAUAUAAUCUUUCACGUUUAUUAAUUAAAUUACGUGAAUAUAGUCACAAUAUGAUAUUUGGUUUUAGUACAUUAGCCGAUGAUAAAAAUUCUUCAGUUAACUUUAUUCGAGUUUACCAAAGUGAUAUUGCUCUUGCACAACGAGCAAAUUAUCUUAAUGAAACAAAAGUUACCAAGGCUUACCGACAGUUUAUACAUGAUGUAGCUGUAGCGUUAAGAAAUAAUAUAGAAAUUAAUAGUACUGAAGUUGACGAGAUUUAUAAUUUUGAAAAACAAAUUUCAACAUUUGGAUUUACGAAUUAUCUUCGACAUAUAUAUUUUUUAUCAAAUAUUUCUCUAAAUGAUAAUGAUGUUGUAUCAGUUAGUGAAAUUGAGUUUUUACGUAAUGCAUCAUUGAUGAUUGAUUCAACUUCACCCCGUCUACUACAAAAUUAUAUUGUAUGGCGUUUUAUAAUGAACAGAGUAUCAAAUAUGCCUAAACGUUAUCGUGCUCUAAGAGAUCCAUUUGAUGAAGCUUUUCGAGGUACUGUUGCUCAACGUCCACGUUCAAUAAUAUGUGGAAAUUAUAUUAAUACUAAUAUGGGUUUUGCUCUUUCAAAAGUUUAUAUUAAACAAUAUUUUGAUGAAAAUGCAAGAAAUCAGUCAUUAGAAAUGAUUAAUAAUAUUCGAACUGCAUUUCUUGAUAUGCUCAAAACUUCGAGUUGGAUGGAUGAAGCUUCAAAAAAUAAAUCAAUAGAAAAAGCAUUGGUAAUUGAUGAAAAAAUUGGUUAUCCAGAUUUUUUAGGCAGUAGUAAUACAACAGAACUCGAAAAAAUGUAUCAAGAUUAUGUUUUCAAUGAUUCAUAUAUAUAUAAUGUUUUAAAAUUAUUACAAAUAAAAUCCAAUGAAAAUCUUCGAAUGCUUCGUGAGCCUGUUGAUCGUAGAGCAUGGGGUUCUAGUCCACCAACUGUAGUCAACGCUUUUUAUAGUCCACCAAGAAACCAAAUCAGUUUUCCAGCUGGUAUUCUUCAAAUGCCAUUUUUCAAUAAAGAUGCACCAAAAUAUUUAAAUUAUGGUGGUAUUGGAGCCGUUAUUGGUCAUGAAAUUACUCAUGGUUUUGAUGAUAGUGGUCGUCAGUAUGAUAAAGAUGGAAAUCGUAUUUCUUGGUGGACUCCUGAAACUAUUGCAAAAUUUAAUGAACGUAAGCAAUGUAUAAUCGAUCAAUAUAGUAGAUAUGUUGUAACUCAAAUUAACAUGACAUUAAAUGGAUUUCAAACACAAGGUGAAAAUAUUGCUGAUAAUGGCGGAAUAAAAGAAUCAUUUUAUGCUUAUCAAAACUGGGUUCAAACGCAUUCAAAUAUGGAUAAACAAUUACCUGGUCUAUCUGAUUAUUCAGCAGAACAAUUGUUUUUUAUUAAUUAUGGACAAAUUUGGUGUUCGAAAAUGACUGAUGCAAAUGCAUUGAAUAGAAUUUUAACAGGUGUUCAUUCACCGGGAGAAUUCAGAGUACGUGGCCCAACGUCGAACUUUCAUGAAUUCGAUCGAGUAUUUAAAUGUACACCUGGACAAAAUAAUAGUCAAGUAAACAAAUGUAUUAUCUGGUGA